AAUAGUAAUGUUCAGUAUAAACCUGCGCGGGAAAAGCAGUGUUUUGGUGGAAGUCAAGCGAGAGAAAUUUUAAUUAUUUUCAUACGGACCUCGUUAUACUUCUGUUUGUCUGUGCGUACCAGGAUGAAGGUGGCAACAUGUGAAAUUGUCUGGCACAACAAGGAGCCAGUAUACAGUCUGGAUUUUCAACAGAAUGCCGAUGGCAAAAUUCACCGUCUGGCCACAGCUGGAGUGGACACCACAGUGCGUAUGUGGCGUGUGGACAGGGGGCCGGAUGGAAAGGCUGUAGUGGAGUUCCUGUCGAAUUUAGCAAGACAUACAAAAGCAGUGAAUGUAGUUCGCUUUUCUCCAACUGCAGAGCUGCUGGCCUCUGGAGGAGAUGAUGCAGCCAUCUUGUUGUGGAAGAUUAAUGAUAGUAAAGAGGUCGAGCAAACCCCAGCUUUCCAGGAGGAUGAGGAUGCUCAGCUGAACAAAGAAAGCUGGAAUGUUGUUAAGACUCUCAGAGGCCACAUUGAGGAUGUGUACGACUUGUCAUGGACAAGCGAUGGGAAUUUCUUGGUUUCUGGCUCUGUGGACAACACUGCCAUCAUGUGGGAUAUACAGAAGGGUCAGAAGAUCUGCAUCUUUAAUGACCAUAAGAGCUAUGUGCAGGGUGUAUCCUGGGACCCACUAGGUCAAUAUAUUAGCACACUUAGCUGUGACAGAGUUAUGCGUGUGUACAGCACGCACACAAAGAAAAAGGCCUACAGUGUCAGUAAAAUGACAUCAGGUUCUGCUGGAGAGGGAGAGGUAAAGAACUUCAGGAUGUUUCAUGAUGACAGUAUGCGAUCCUUCUUCAGACGCCUCACUUUUACACCUGAUGGCUCCUUCCUCCUGGUACCUGCUGGUUGUGUGGAGACGGGAGAGAACGUCACAAACACCACCUACGUCUUCUCUAGGAAGAGCUUCAAGAGACCCAUAGCCCAUCUUCCUUGUCCUGCUAAAGCCACCCUUGCUAUACGGUGCUGCCCUGUGUACUUUGAGCUCAGAACCAAGAAGCUUGAAGAUGAGUCGGUGCAGCCGCUGCCCAACACGUUCCAGCUGCCGUAUCGCUUGGUGUUUGCUGUGGCAUCUGAAGACUCUAUCUUUUUUUACGACACGCAGCAGACAUUGCCAUUUGGUUACGUGUCUAAUAUUCACUACCACACCCUGAGUGACCUUAGCUGGUCUGGUGACGGCUCAUUCCUGGCCGUGUCGUCCACGGAUGGCUAUUGCUCUUUUGUGUCCUUUGACGAGCUGGAGCUUGGCACGCCUCUGAAGGAGCGGCCACAGUUGGAUAUCAUCACCCCACCCACUGCCAGUGAGAAAAAGGGCAAGAGAACAUCGGGUAGCGGACGAACAGCUUCACCCGUGCCCCGCACCAACCCUUCCCCUGUCACGCAGGAGAAAGAGACUUCAUCUGCUACCUCUGAAGAGAAGCGAACGCCACAAGGCCUGAAGGCCAAAUCGCAGCCCAGGCGCAUUACCCUCAAAACACUGGAGGGAUGGAGCAAACCCAGCACCCCAAAGUCUUCUGCCCCCUCCACUCCUCUGCCCCGUCAGGGACUGCUUACUCCCAAAACUACCCCAAGCACACCGCUUGCCCCCAUCAGUGCCAGAAACUCUGCAACACCUAAAGGACCCACCCCUAGGCGAAUUUCUCUGACGUCACUUACCCCCAGAUCUCCAGCUUCCUCUCAGACCGUUAUCACUUCAUCCUCCACUGAGAAAGCUAAACAUGAGAGACCAUCUCCUUCUAAUGAUCCAGUGUGCAAGCCUCCCGGAUCCAAGCGGCCCAAGACCGACGAAGCUUCAGGUCCGAGUGACAGCAGCACUUCUCAAAGCACUGAGCCCUCAGUGGAGUCCAACAGCAAGGCCAUGGAUUCUUGACCAAGAGCUGAACCUUCCCAUGUUUAUAUCAAACUGUGUUCAUGUCUGCAGGAACUUCUUUUAAAAAGUAUCCAGGAGCAUGUGUAUUUGGACACAAUCUCUUGAAAUUAAAACUGAACUGAACCAAGCCCUUACAGUGUAAUUUGACCAUAAGGGAACUGGGUGCAUUUAUAUUUCUGGUUCAUUUUGGCAAGCUCAUUGACUUGUCUAUUUAUACUGUUGAGGGUUUAGCAUUGUGUAUUACUGAUAGUUUUGGAGACAGUUCUUAAUUGUUGUAUUGACAAAUCCGGUCAUCAAGACUAAACUGUUUUAUUACUGAUAGCAAAGUAACAAGUACUUUUUUCUUUUUUUUUUAGUUUUUGGAAAAGACUAGUUUUAAGAAUUCCUGUCUGUUUUCAGAGGCCUAAAGAUGGUUGUUUCCCUGUGGCCAGUUUGUAUUGUCGUCUUUGCAACAACUGCAGCAGCUGCUUCGUCCAUGUGAACAUGCUGAUUCAUCUGUACAGAAAGCGAAACACACUAGAAUUGUGGUGACAAACAAACCAUAGAUAGACUAAAAUGUGGAAGCCUGUUUCAGAACAGAGGCUCCAGACUGAGCUUUUGCUGUAAACAUAAUUUCUAAGGAAUGAAAAGUAAAUAUUCAUUGAUGAGUCAGCUUUAA